UCCUUAGGUGUCGCAAUUGCGAACUGGAAUAGAACUACAGCCUGUUGCCAACCCGCUGGCAUUUCUUCUCACUGACUCCAGCACAGUUCCACGAUCCAAACUGGCUGAUCGCCUGCGAGUCCCCUGAUAUUCCAGACCGGAAAAAUAUCUCCAAAUAUGAGCGUGGAACUGACCGGAGAGCAGCUGAAACUGGCUGAGACUCAGUUGACAAGAUACUUACCACGGUCUCUGCAGGUUUACAGUGUUUUGGUCCUCAGAAACAGAGUCAGGUCAGACCCUAUAAAGGUUUACGUGGAUAGAUGGCCAGAGUUUAGUAUUAUUGUCUGCAAACCACAAUAUGAGCAGAAAGGUGAUCUCUUCAAAGACAUGACUGUUUUUGCAAACGAUGAAGCUAUUUUAGAGGAAAUCAUAAGGAAGUCCUCUGUUAUUGACUGGACCAGGUACCUUUGUCUCGCAAUGAAUCUUCACCACAUGGAGAUAUUCAAAGCAGUGGCAUCAGAAAAAGAUGUGCCAAGCCAGAAUGUGGCAGUGUGUCACAUGAUGAUACUGGAAGAUAUAUCCCAGCUUCCCGCUAUAGACAGCUCAGGGAUCUCCCUGAGCUCUCUGGAUGAAUCGCACCUUGACUUGGUGAAUCAAACAUGGAAGUUUGGAAAGGAUGAGGUGGCUGUGAGGAUGAUCCGCAACAUGAUUGCAAACUUCCCCUCCUGCUGCGUGGUGGAUGCAGAGCGCAAGCCAGUGUCCUGGAUCCUGACCUAUGCGACAUGUGCCAUGGGCAUGUUGUACACUCUGCCAGAGCACAGAGGGAAAGGCUAUGCCAAAGUCCUGAUCAGCACCCUGGCAAAGAGACUCCAUGCUCAGGGAUACCCAGUCUACUGCUUCAUAGAGGAGGAGAACUUGGUCUCCUACAGGCUCUUUAAAAACCAAGGUUUUACUGAAGAUCCCUCAUACAGAGAAGUCUGGUCUGUCAUCAAUAAUUUUUAGAUAAUUCAAGGAUAAUGUAUAAAUGUAAUAUAUCUUAAAUAACAGAUGAGGCCUUUGUAUUAACAAAUUAGGUUCAAAAUGGGAUCUAAUUAAUUUACAUUUGUUGCACAGAGGUGGGGUGAGAGGAACUGAAAAUGUUCAUCUAAAA